AUGUUGCGGCGCUCUUUAAACGUCUUGAUAGCCAGCACGUCGAGAAGAUUUUCUACAGUGAAUCAAACUGCCGAGAUAAUCGAUUCAGCCGAAUCUUGUGCCGAAACGACGUCAAAAAUUGAGAAAGAGGCUACCGAUUCGAGAAAACGACUCUUCGCUGUUGUAUACAUCAAUGAUAGACAAUUCAAGGUCAGUGCCAACGAUUUGAUAACACUUGAAGGCACUUUACCCCUAAAAGUUGGCGAUCGAAUGAAGUUGGAAAAGGUGUUGGCCGUAGGAGGCUCGUCAUUUUCGGUCUUCGGUCGACCGCUGCUUGAUUCAGUGUCGGUUGAGGCGACGGUUGUAGAAAAGACGACAAAAUAUCCGGAACCUUACUACGUGCACGAGAAUCAUCAAAGGGCUCAUAUUCUUCAUUGGCUAAGCGACGAAGUAACGAUUCUUCGCAUCAAUCAAGUUUCCCUUCAAGACGAUCCUCAUCCAGAUGUGGCCAUGAUGAGAUCCUCGGUGGGCAUCAAUUUCAUCACCGCCUUCUUUUUCCAGCACUCUAUCCAUCACUUCAUGAACUCCUUGACUGAUGAAAAAGAGGAUGGACGAGUGAAGUCGCCCGGAAAGCUGUUGCAGAUGAUGCGGCAAGGAUCUUUGUGGAUGCAAAUUGCGUGGCACGUUGACGGACAGUUCGGAUCAUUGGGCAUCUUAGACAAUGAUGACUCGAUUCUGACAUGCAUGAGCACAUGGAUCAUGCUCAUUUUAGGCAUUUCCACCAAUAUUUUAGCUCUACAUCUAGCCGUCAAACACUCACAUCAUUACAUCUACAUCGAGAGCAACACGUUGUUGAUUGUUGGGACGAGUCUACCCCAUGUGCCGCAUGUGCUCGAUUUGGGUCUCUUGGUGGCCCAAUUGUUUCUCUUCUUCAACAGUGUCACGCUGUCAACCGGGCAAAUCGUUCAUCGUUAUCUCAUCAUUUGCAAUAAAAUCAAAGAACGACAAACGUUUCUCGUUGGAAUGAUCACGAUACUCAUCUCGGGAUCGAUCGUCAUCCUUUGGACUCUCUGGUUAUGCAUGAUUGCCGUUUUUCCCGGUCGGUGUGUGAAAAUCGACAAUGAUUAUGAUAGUUUUCAGUACCUCAAUAGCACAGGCGCUUGCUCUGAUUUCAUUUACGCUCUUGCCAGUCGAUACGAUUUGGCGCAAGCCGUUUUCGUGGCUGUUACAGUUGAUAGAACAAUGCAAAACUCGUCCCUCCAUGUUCCAAAUGUGCUUGCGAUUGCCCUCUUUGCUGUGCUUUGUCUUUUCAUCUUCUUGGCCAUGUCGACGACAGUGUACUGCACGAUUUUGAUGUUCAAAAAUGCUCUAAUCCCGAUCCUUCUUCUCCAAAUCCCACUAUUUCUUUCGUGUUUGGUCGUUGGUUUGAGCAAUUCGAUUGACGGCGCUUUCACAGUUCUUUAUGUCACUUGUGGAUGGUAUCCAAUUAUUCAGGUUCACUUUUUGAACUGC